AUGUCCAGCGAAAGCUUCAUCCCCGGCCUCCCCUACCGCGCUCCACAAGGGCUACCGUCCUGGAGGGACAAGCUGGACACCAACCUGCAGACGUGCCAGCACAUCGAUUGUCCACCAUCCCAGGGCCACGCUCAAGCGCUAGAGGUCCACGCGUGCUUCGCUGCCGCGUGUUCUUCGCACUCGGAAGCGCGAACAUGCGAGCCGUCGGACCGUCGUGUGGAUGGGCUCCUCGAAAAGGCGCUGAAACUGGCCGGCUUGACGGCGCUAACGUUUGUCCCGGUCCCCUACUUGACCGAGGCCGCAGAAGCUCUCAUAGGCGUCAUUGAGAAGGUAGAGGGCACGAGGUCAACGCAGACGGAGCUCAAAGAUCUAGCGAAGGAAAUCGGGGAGCUCGCCCGGUUGCUGACUGAUGGCGUCUUCAGACUCAAGGACACCGCGGCGAGCGAUGAACAGGCCAAGGAGCUCAUAAAACGGGGCAGCGGGCUGCAACACUACCGAACCGAACUCGGAAGGUUCGUCAUGGAGCUGCGAAAAAUUGCGAAGUUGGCCCAGAGACUUCACAAGCAGUCCUUCGCGUCGCGGCUUCUUUUCUCUGAGAGGAACGCCAAGACGUUUCAAGACCUCAAGGCCAAAGUCAAUGCCGUCAUAACGCGGGUCCAUACACUGAACCUUAUGAAACUCGCGCAAGAUGCGGCUAUAACGAGUGAAAUGAUGCGGAGAACGGAUGAACUGAUGCGAAGAACGGCGGCAGAAAACGCACUGGAACGACUGCCACGGGCCGACGCUGGUUACAAGGCGGCGGGAAAUCACAUGAAAAGCAAGUUCCUGGAGGGUACGCGUGAAGACCUGUUCACAAGUCUCAUCGCCUGGGCUCGAGGGGACGACGCAAACACUGCCGAGAAGAGCGUCUGCAUCCUCUCAGGAGCGGCUGGCUCCGGAAAGUCAACAAUCGCGGUGGAACUCGCCAGACGGCUCGACAGCGGCGAUCUUGGCGCGUCCUUCUUCUUCGCCACUGGUGAUGCCGAGCGCUCCUCUACUCGUCUCUUCUUCCCGACAAUCGCCUACCAGGUGGCGAAGUCCCAGCCAAAUAUAUGUCGUUUCAUCGUCAAGGCGGUGUCUAAACACCUCGAAGGCGGUCAGCACCAACAGCUCCAGUACGAAGCUACAAAUCUCCUCAAGAAUCCCCUCUCGUCCGUGGAACGUCAUCACCCUACAGUCAUCCUUGUCGUCGACGCGCUCGAUGAAUGCGCCGAACCUAUUGACCACAAGCAGUUUGGCGUUAUGAUGAACCUGCUGGUGUCGUGCGCUGCGGAAGCCCCCUUCCCCGUCAAAAUACUCUUCACAUCACGUCCGAAGGAUAUAGUGGAAGACACGAUCACUACCAGUGUCGGAUCGUCGGCGAAGAUCCACAACCUCGAUCUCAACGACCGGUCUCGCGAGUCUAUGGACCGAGACGUGAAGAUCCUCAUUCGACAUGAACUCAAGACCGCGUACCCCGGCCGAGACCUUCUCGAAGGUCGCGACGAGCUCGUCGAUCGCCUCGUCGAGGGCUCCGAGGGCUCGAUGCUCUACGGUGCCACCGCCUCGGGCUUCCUCACUCAAAAACCAGACUACAUCGAUGAACGCGCCCGCCAUAUUCUCUCCAGCCCAGAGCGUGCUCGAUACCUCGGACCGCUCUACGACCUGUACCUCAAGGUCCUAGAGAAGGAGUACCCUGAAGAGGAUCUGAAGGAGGAUCCGACGACGUGGCGGCACCUUAAGAGAGUUCUAGGAGCCCUGGCCCUCCUACGGGAUCGCUUGUCGCCCGUCGAUCUCGAGCCGCUGCUCGACAUUCGCGUGAAGGACUCUACCUCCGUUCUCAGCAAUCUUCGCUCCGUUAUCCUGUACAAGCGCGGUGACGUCAACGAACCUUUUCGUCCCAUCCACUCCUCAUUCGUCCACUUCCUCCUCGAGAACAACUUCAAGGAAUACGUUUUUCGAGGGCACGACAAGAUCCGGUACUACCACAUAAAUUCGACACGCGAACACACUCGCAUCGCUGCGGGAUGUCUCCGAAUCCUCGGAUCAAGCGACCUCCGGCGCAACCCUCUCAACGUGGAUUCUGGAACGAGACGGUCGAACGUCGCGGACGUCAACAAGCGAGUGGAAGAGGAGAUUCCGAGACACGUGCGCUAUGCGUGUUUACACUGGGUAGACCACUUGGAGCAGAGCGAAUGGUACCCAGAAGUGGUCAAGGCGUCCAUGCGGCUCACAGAGCGAACACUAUAUACAUGGGUGGAGACGAUGGCGUGGAUGCGGCGUCUGGAUGCGGCUCUGUCGGAGUUGGAAGGGGUCAGUCGGUGGAAGACGGUCGAUCUGCCUCUGCCCGAGCUGGAUCGCAUUUACGCCUGGCUGAAAGAUAAAUUUGACAUCGUCAAAGAUCGCCCUGAGGAGAUCUACAACGGUGGCUAUGUCGCGCGCGCGAUCCAGGUGGGUCGGUGGAGCGACACGGGGUCGGAAGACUGGUAG